CGGCUAAUACGUACUUUAUUAUGCGCCCGUGGAAAAGGAGGAAGGAACAGAACAGUCAGAAACAGCAACGUGUGCAUCUUCUCGGCCUUCUUGAUUGGGAGUAAAUUGGAUUUAGCAUCCGGUAAAAGCGCGACAUCUAUCACUCAACAGUAGUUGCUCAGACCACCACCACUCUCCUCUGUAUCCUGCUGUUCUGCCUCACCAGUGGCAACAGCUCCGACUCGCAGUCUCCAUCACGACUAUUGACGCUUUCCUUUGACGCUCACGACGACGACGUACACCCCACAAUGCCAUCUGCCAUCCUCAAUCUCAAAUUCAAGGUCUGCACCAAAGUAGCGAGCUACCUCGAACAAGGUGACCGACUGGAGAACCUUGCCUGGCGACUGUGGCACCUGCAAAGCCUCAUGGUAGACUCUGAUAACGCCAAAUCCAAGCGCGAAUUCCGCAAGCUGUCCAAAUCUAUGGGAGAUAAACUCGAUCGUGAGCGUGGACGCUCCAUCGAGGAUCUUCCCGCGCCGGACUUUAAACGCAGUUUCUCGAGCGACCUUUUGCAGCAAAAGGCGGUCGAGAAGGAGCGCACAAGGGAAGCCGCUGCCCACCAGGGCCUCCAGCACCGCAACCUUUUCACUUUCUCCGUGGACGUCCCCGGGGGUCCGACUGCCGGUCAGAACGAGACUUCCCCGAGCGCCAAACGCAAGCGCGUGCCAUCAACAGCGACUCCUACACCUGGAGUGCGGCUUCCCACCGUCUUUGCGAGCACCGGCGGCCCGGACGUCAUUGUUGCUUCUUCGGGGAACCGGUCUCCGGGCCACUCGACGCAGCUUUCUUCCCAUUCGCUUUCUUCUACACGUGGUGACUAUGACAGCAUGCGGGUCGUGCGGCCGACCGUGGAACUACAUCUCGAUGAGCUGCUGCAUGCUGAUGAUGGCGACGACGGUGAGAAGGACAUGGAUCUCGAGGACUCGGUCUCCUCGUCUUCGUCCGACCCCGCAUCGGGCUUGGGAAUAUCGAUGGCAAACCCCAGCGGCGUCAACUGGUCAGGAUGGGAUGAAAUCAUGCAGGCCGCCUCUACAUUCCCGGAUUUCCCUUCUGGUACCCAUCACUUCCACCAACCGCAGCAACAGCAGCACCAACACGACACGUUCUCUGCUGACUUUGGGAUGAGCAUGGGCCCCAUAUUGGGCCCCAACGAUCCGGGGUACAAUGCCGACACCUUCCUCGGGUUUGCUCCCGGACAGCUCACUCUCGAUCCCUCUGCGACUCUCACAGGCGAUGUAGACGCCUACGAAGCUGAUCACGUCCGGUACCCCCCGCUCACCCCAUCGGGCCGCCGGGCAUCUCGGAUUGCUGCGUCGCGUGCUGCCGAAUCGGAGCCCGAGUCCUCGGAUGGGGACGACUCUGCGGACUCGGAUUUCUACUUUGACGGCAAACGCGCGGCGAAGAAGGCCAGUGGCGGCCGUGGAGGUGCGCUCCGGAAACGGAGCAACAGCUCUGCCGUGGCUGGCGCCGGAGCGAGCGGUGUGUCUGUCGGCCGUCGACGGGGGAACAGCGAUGCUGCUGCCGCUGGGUCGAAAGGGUCGAGACGCCCGCCGCUGAGUGUCCGUGUGCCGGCCGGUGUGCGGUCUUCGGCUGCGGCAUCGUCGUCGGAGAAGCCAUCGUCGGCGAGCUCGGGUGCGGCGCUGCGGGCCGGCGCUGUUGCUGGUGAUGCGCUUGGGGCUGGUAUCAAAGCCGAAUGCAGCAACUGUGGAGCGACCCAUACUCCGCUUUGGAGGCGAGGGCUCAAUGACGAACUCAACUGCAACGCCUGCGGACUCUACUGCAAGCUGCACAAGCGGCCCCGACCGAAGACGAUGCGUAACAUGGGAGAAGGCAGAGGCCAGUCGACCCGAGCCGAAGUCCCGGACGUCAUGGCGCAAUGCUUCAACUGCCACACGACGACGACCCCGCUGUGGCGCAAAGACGACGAAGGCCGGACUGUGUGCAACGCCUGUGGCUUGUAUUACAAGUUGCACGGAACGUCGCGUCCGAUUUCGAUGAAAAGCGACAUCAUCCGCAAACGUUCUCGCCACGAAGUGCAAGUCCGAGCGCAAGCACAAGCCCAGGCGGAUACGCCUACAGCCAGUCCCACAGCCAGUCGCCAGGGCUCCCCCGUCCCGGGAUCGUCAUCCCAUUCGAGCUCGGGGUCGCCGAUGCUCGCACCUGACAGCAGCACAUCUGAGCUGACCACUGCGCUCGGGCCGCUGCCGAAGCCCGCGGCUGGAGCGUACCGAUUCCCGUACCACGAGACCUACGCGGACGUGCUUCCAUUUGGAGGCGUGGAUGUCAGUGGUGGAGUGGAUGGCGAUGCGCGGGUCAACAAGCGCCGGCGGAUGAGCGUCGACUCAACCUCGGAGCCGCCUUCCAGUGCCGUCAGCUACGGGUCGUCGUACAACGACUACACGGACGGUUAUUCGAGCGCGACAUCGUUUUCGAUGGAGUUUCCGUUCAGCGAGCGGCACCAGCAGCAGCACCAGCAGCAGCAAGGCUCGUUCUGGCAUCCGCCAAUGGCACUGAAACGCGAUUCGCCCGAAGCCCAAAUCCAUCCGCCGAUGCUCCCGUCCUCCGACGACUUUCUCCACCCGCCGAUGAUGCCGGCGUCCUACCUGUACCAGGACGAAUCAUUCAACUCCUUCGUGCACCCGCCCAUGAUGCUGCCGACUCUGAGCGAGGAGGGCAUGCUCUUUGGGUCUGGUACCCACCCCCCGAUGAUGCCCUACGACGAUCUCUACGCCCCCGAGGGCAACGGCAUGCACUACUGAAAUGUAUUUUGUGUUUCCAUCUGUACCACUCCAUAAUGUACCAUGUCCUGUACUCACUACUGCAUACAUUUAUCUCAGCAUAGCAUAACUUGUGGAUGUUUAUUUCUAAUCGCCUUGUGUACUGUAUUCUGAUGUCGAAGGGGUGACUCCC